GAAAUGGUGGCUAUAAAACAACUUCUUCUAAGCGACGAAGAAUACCAAUCUGCUGUGGAAACUUUAAAACAUCAAAGGCAGAAGCUUGCACACAAAUUCGAAGCCGAACAUCAGAAAAUCGACUCGUUUGUAAAACAGAUUGAACAGGCUCAAUUGCAGGAAAAAAAUGAGGUUAGAAUCAAUCGAGUGACAAUGGAAAAAUUAAACAAACACAUUGCUGCGAUGGGAGGGAAAGCAUCCAAGCAGGCAAAUGAAUACAGUGCACUACUACAAUGCUGUAGUUCAUGUAAAUCAGAACUUACAGGAAAUAUCGAAGAACUGGAAAAGGAAAUCGAAGGCCUUUCUGCUGCCCUAAAUGAGUCGACAUCUAAGUAUGAAAUGUUGAAAAAGGAAUAUGCAUUGAAAAACAUAAAACUGUCUGACGACGUGGCACAAAUGCAGUACGAACAUGAGCAAAUGAAGCCUAUUAUUUCCGAAAAGCAUGAGACCAUCUCAAAAUUAAAAUUCCUCCAAGAGAAAGCUGCAGAAGAUUUAAAACAAAUGAAUUUGAAAAACGAACAAAAUAUGAAUAAUUUGAGGAAAGAGCUGGUCGAUGUAGAGCAAGAAACAAAGAAAUUGGUUGACGAAAAACAACAUGCUUGUGAUGCAAUUAGCAAACUUAAAGAAAGUAUCCGAAGCGAAGAAAAUGAAAUUCGUGCUCUGCAAGAAAAAACGAGCAGUGUAGAAAAGCAUGCAGCUAAGUUGGAUGAGGACCUAAAGACAGCCGAAUAUAGAAUCAAUGGCUUGGAGGAACAACUCCAACAGCAGAAAAAAGAACCUACAACUACCGGUAUCACGAUAACACCAGCUCCAAAAAGACUGCAGUUUGCUACGGUUCGACCACUUCAAAAGAAAAAAAAAUACAGUGCCAUUCCGACACCAGACCGGGAGGGCGAUUCUAUCAGCAUAGUAUCAUUUCACCACAACAAUCGCGAUACAUAUACAGAGAGUUCCAAUUCUGGAUUUGAUACCGGAGAAGUCAUGGAUGAUAACUAGCUGUCGUCAUCGAGUUACGACACGUUAAACAAUUGUUUCCUUAUUAUUCAAAACACUCAAAACCACAUAUUAAUUGCAUAUCACUAUGUACAACUGGAGUAUGAUAAACAAAAACCUUUAUAAACUUUCAUGC